ACUUCACUCAUGCAGUAUGAUGAAGGUAGGCAUGAUACUUCCGAAACAGUGAAUGAAUGAAAUAAUCUGAGAUUAUUGUAAAACUCUAAGCAUUUGAAGCAAAUACCUGUUCACAUAUAGAAGCUUCAACAUGCAUCUAGAAAAGAGCUGAGAAGUGUAACUUUCUGAUAAACUUUAAUAUAAGGAGGAGGCCAAUAUGACUUCCAGCACAGUCUCAAGGUUGAGGACCUUCCUUGUCCUGUUUAUUAUGGUGGCAGCCUCAUUUCUGAUCUUACACAGAAAUGCAUGUAAAGGCUAUGCAGAGGGGAAAAUCAUCCUUAUGAAAAUUGAAACAGAUAUAACGGAUUUAGGGAAUUUAAUAGUGAAGGACAUACAGGCAGGAAAGACUUUGAAGAAUAAUGAAUUGAGCAAUCAGAAAACUAUAGAAGAACUGAAAAAUUCAAUCAAAGAUAUAUCAAAUUUGAUUGAAAGUAAUAUUAAACAUGAGGCAAUUAAGGAACAGGAAUCUAUUGGAUCAAAAAGGAGUUCAAUAAUUGAAAGAAAGCUGAAUCGUCGAGAUGAGAGUUGUGAUGUUAUGUUGAACAUCAUGACUACCUUCCCAGUAUUAACAUCAACAAAGGACAAAGCUCAGCAUGGAUUUGUUAAUUACUCAGCUGAAAUUAUUCAAAGUCGACAAUUAGAAUAUGUUCGAGCUUUGGAGAUGAAUAUAAUGCACCCAUGUGUUGAAAAGGUGCAUCUACUAGUCGAAAACCUAGGAGUGAAAUCUUACUUGAUGUCAUUAAACUUAACUGCUGUUUCUCAGGCAGACAUAGAGGCCAUGGUACAUUUUCAUAAAUUACUAUAUUUUCCAACUUACAAGGCUUAUGCGAUUUAUGCCAAUGAAAAUCUAAUGUUUAAAACGGUUGCAAUUAUGAAUGGUGAUAUUUCCCUAGGAGAUGGGUUUAACCUAAUCAAGAACAGCUAUCUCAUUGGAGACAGAGUAGCUUAUUCUCUCACCAGACAUUCUUCAUUAUUACCCAACUGCGGAAAUAACGCAAACUUCUGCCUUCAGACUUACAUGGGGUAUCACGAUGCACAUAUUCUAUACAUGGACACAGCAUUUGAUAAUUGGAGCUUAGAUUUUUUAGCCUAUCCCAUCAAUAGACUUGGAGUUGAAAACUUAUUCAUGUAUGUUCUCUCCCAGAAGCUUAACAAAAUUGUUCUGAAUCCAUGUAGAAUUUUGAAGAAUCAUCACAAUCACUGUUCUGGAUUGCGGUCUAAUUUUACUACAAGUGAGAAGAUUCGUGUCAACAUCGGCCAAAAUAAGAAAUUCUCAUGGAGAUCACCAUUUACAUAUAGAUUACAUUAAAUAAAUCAGGCCAAGAUCAUCUCAAGACUGUCAUUUCAUUAUGUAAAGUAACAAGACUGGAGCACUCUAGUCCUAGAGUGCAUGUACAUUUGGGACACCUUGUAGAAUGAUAAAUUGCCACAGCAAAACACCUAAUAUUCACUCUUCAUAGAAAUUACUUUUCACUUGAUAAGAGAACCAUUUUGACAUGAUUUCAGUCAGAAUAUGCAACUUUUAAUUUGCUAAAAGCAGUGAUGGUAUUAUGGAGAUUACCAGUGUCACAUAAGUUUGCCCAAGAUCUGAAUGGAAGCAGUUACAGUAGCCAUAUACCUGUAUACCAUACCCUACAUUGCAAAAAGGAAAGAAGGAUGUUUGUUUGUAUAUUCAUACAUAAAUAUAUUUCACUUCCAAUUUCAACAAAAUAAAUAAUAAACAAAAAAUCAUACAGGGAAACAUUUUGAGUAUAAAUAAAAUCUAAAAAAAAUUCUUAUCCAUAGUAAAGUAUUUCAGAUUAAAAUUAGAUUCAUGUAACAUUUAUGUUUUUGUGUUCAAUUACAUGACAAGAAUGUAACCCUUCUGUAACAAUAUCACUACUUGUAUGAAAGACAAUCUACCUGACUUUACUCUGAAUGAUUUAUAGUUUUCAACUUUUCAUGUAAUGUAAGAUAAAAUGGAAUAUACAUAUAUUUAUCAAUAAAAUGAAGAGCUUUAUUUAUAUCAUUUCAGAUAAUGAUGUAAAUAACUACAUAAUUAUGGUAAUAAUCUUCAGUUUCUGGUCAUUAGAUUUCAAAAUUUUACAGCAGUCAGGUCAAUUCUCAUUUCUUUGAAAUUUCCUUGAAAAUGUGUUAAGAAACAUAACUAAAUUUUCCAUAAUAUAAUUUCAGAUAUUUUGAGAAAUAAAAUUUUCCAGAAGUUCAAAAUUGUGACCAGGUCAAUAUUUCAAUGUUACUUUGAAAAUAAACUACAGCUGACUGAACCUCUCUCUCUGCCUAAAAUGUUUUUUUUUUACUUUUUCCUACCCAAAAGUGAACAUAUAUUGACCUUGUUCCUUUAAUAUUGCACUGUUUUGAUGAAUAGAUAUUUACAGCUUUUCUCAAGUUACAUGCAGUGAUGUCUUCUUGGGUUUCUAUCUGUCAAUUAUAACAUACAUGGUGGGUAUGUGGAUGACUGUCUUCACAGUAAUACUACAAGUACUGUAUGUGAAGUUCUAUCACAAUCAUGUUUCACUUGUAUUUCCACAGAACAUUCUAUACAGAGAUAUUUUCCUCAUCAUGUUACUUCCAUAUACAUACAAGUAUAUGUAUUUAAUUUUGAUUUCCCGUUAAUUACUUUGUAUACAAUGUAUAGUUUAAAAAGUAUAUCAAAAUGUAUAUCUCUAUAUUCUGCUAUUGGACGGAGUUAUAUUCAAUAUAUACAAAAAUGUAUACCUCAAAAUUAUCACUUGAAUUAGACAUCUUUGUCACACACAGACUAAAAAUUUAUCAAGGUUCAAACCCGAAUGAAUGUUUAGCUUUAUGUUCUCAUGCUAUUCUGAAAUAUCCACAUUAAUGCAUAUUUUCAAGAAGAGCAUUUAACAAGACGUCAGCAAAGUUUCAAAAUGCAAUAAUAGACUGAUCCAGUAAAUUAUGCCAAUUUGAUAUGUUAUGCCAUUGAUAGUUUUACUGCAAAAAUAUGAUGAACUUAUUGCUAAUUUGAAUCACUUAGGUAUACAUUGCCAUCUCCAACCUUUGACAUUCUCACUUAAGUCAAUGUACACUGGCUUCUUUGGUGUAGCAAAACAUGGCACGUUUUAUCAUAAAGGUCUCUUAAUCAUAUUCUGUCACACCAAUGGAAGCUAAACAAUCCCAGCAUCCUGGUCAGUGAAACCUACUCUAUCCCAAAACCCUCUGCAUUCUGGAUGGCAAUGAUAAGUUUCUGUUUCAAUGUCUUCCUGCUCUUGUAAGCUGGUAGAACUAGUUGAUUAAAGCAUGUGUGGGCCAUAGGCAGCCUGGAAGGAAAACAAUUCAUAUCAUUGUUGAGUCAAGAAAUUAAGUUCAUCAAAAUACAAAAUUGUAUGUUUGGAGGUUGAUGUAAGUAAAAAAAAAAAAUACUAGUUAUAUUUUCUAAUAGAUCAGUUUCUAUAUAAAUAGAAAAAUAGAUGGCAGCAUGGGUGUUGGUAGGGCAAGAAUACAUGGAAAAAUAGCGUGAGUCACUUAAUUUCUUGAUCUAACAAGUGAUUCCAUUUGGAUCAACACAACAUAAAUCACCAUUGGAAUGUAAUUAUAGGAACUAAUUGACAUUCAGAUUGUGAUCCUUAUAAGAGUAAAUGAACUUUUAAAGGUUUUUUAAUAUUGUGUCAAUGGA